AUGGGUUAUGAAGGGAGGAAGGGUUGGAAGAAAUUAUUGCAGCUUAAUAUUCAAGGAGUCACAAAGAUAUUUGUGUGGAAGACCCUCAAUAAUUGUUUACCUACAAAGGGGAACCUUUUCAAAAGGAGAGUGGUAGACAAUCCUUUAUGUCCCAUAUGUGAGAAAGAGUUUGAAACAAGUUGCCAUGCUAUUUGGAGUUGCCCUACUGCAGUUGAUGUAUGGGCCGAGGAGGGUAGCCUGGUUAAAAAAUGGGCAUCAAGUGAAGUGGAUAUAGAGAUAAUAUGGAAGAACAUGGUGGAAAGACUGAUUGCAGAAGAAAUGAGAUUAAUAGCUAUUGUGAUGAGAUGUAUUUGGUUGAGGAGAAAUAAAUUUGUAUUUGAAAAGGGCUUUACUAGUCCAAAAGACAUUCUUAUACAAGCUAGGCAUAAUGUUAUAGAUUUUCAGCUACCUCAAACUAGCAAACUAGAGUCCAUAAAGCGACAAAGGAGAGACAUGGUAAGGUGGAAGGCACCUGAUAAGGAGAUUGUUAAACUCAACUGGGAUGCAGCUUAUGACAAAACCUCUCAAUAG